UACAGCAGCCCUGAAACCGAAGGACAGCUUUUGAAUUCCUUUGUCCAGUAUUUUGGUGACGGCCUUGGCAGGAAGAUUAAAAGAAUGCCUUUAAUUGAAGAAACUGUUCUGCCUGGGGACUCGCUCCUUACUCUGCCUGUGGUGGUAAUAGGAAAUGGACCUUCAGGAAUUUGUCUGUCCUACCUGCUCUCUGGAUACAGGCCGUAUUUAUCUCCUGAAGCUAUACACCCAAACCCCAUUCUGCAUACGAAAUUAGAAGAGGCUCGACAUCUUUCCAUUGUUGAUCAAGACCUGGAGUACCUGUCUGAAGGCCUCGAAGGACGCUCCUCAAACCCAGUUGCAGUGCUUUUUGAUACGUUGCUUCAUCCUGAUGCUGACUUUGGGUAUGACUACCCUCCAGUUUUGCACUGGAAGCUUGAACAACAUAAUUACAUUCCCCAUAUAGUGCUUGGUAAAGGACCACCUGGUGGGGCUUGGCAUUCCAUGGAAGGCUCAAUGCUAACAAUAAGUUUUGGAGACUGGAUGGAGUUGCCUGGCCUCACCUUUAAGGAGUGGGCAGCUAGCAAACGCAGAAAUAUAAAGAGUGAUCGAGUAACGCCAGAGGAAAUAGCUUGUUACUAUAAACACUAUGUUAAAGUCAUGGGCCUCCAGAAGAAUUUCAGAGAUAACGUUUACAUAACAUCAGUAUCCAGGCUUUACCGAGGAAAGGACGAUGGAGACAGAAGUCAACUAAAUGAAAAUAUUGCAAAACAGCAUUUGGAAAUGGAAGAUGGACAGGAAUCACUGAUUAAGAGAAACUGGGAGGUCAGAGGCUAUCAGCGAGCAGCAGACGGUUCUCAUGUGCCCUUCUGCCUCUUUGCUGAGAAUGUUGCUCUUGCCACGGGAACCUUCGACUCUCCUGGCCGACUGCAGGUUGAAGGAGAAGAUUUUCCUUUUGUGCUCCAUUCCAUGUCUGACUUCGGGGCUGCUAUCAGCAAGGGAAAGUUACGAGGGAAGGCAGACCCUGUGUUAAUUGUGGGUGCUGGACUUACAGCAGCCGAUGCAGUACUGUGUGCCUACAACAACAACAUCCCAGUAAUCCACGUGUUUCGUAGAAGAGUCACCGAUACAAGUCUAAUUUUCAAACAGUUACCUAAAAAGCUUUAUCCUGAAUACCAUAAGGUCUAUCAUAUGAUGUGUACUCAGUCCCACACUGUGGACUCCAGUCUACAUUCUGCUUACACGAGUUUCCCUGAACACAAUGUACUUUCCUUCAAGCCUGAAAUGAAAUGUGUUCUUCAGAGUGCCUCUGGACUGAAGAAAAUUCUAAAGUUUUCCGUAGCCUUAGUUCUGAUAGGUUCUCACCCAAAUCUUUUCUUUCUAAAGGACCAAGGACAUAGCAUAGGUCACCACUCUAAUCAGCCCAUCACAUGCAAGGGGAAUCCUAUAGAGAUUGAUCCAUACACUUAUGAAUGCACUAAAGAAGCCAACCUCUUUGCUUUAGGCCCUCUGGUGGGAGACAACUUUGUACGGUUUUUAAAAGGAGGUGCACUGGGCAUUGCACGGUGCUUGGCAGUAAGACAAAAGAAGAAACAUGAAUUUAUUGAAAGUGGGGAUGGUGGAGGUGAUGGGGUACCAUAA